AUGGCCAACGAAUUAUAUUUGAAUCUAAAGACUAACGGAGAGAGAUUUUAUUGGGCCAGCACGUGGUGCGAGCUGAAAAAAUUUGUUUUAGACGAUCUAAAGCUGACAGGUCGUUGGACUUCACCUGGCGGCGAAGUCAAACUAUUCACGAGUGAUAAUUUAAGUAUAAAAUGGCAUGGGAAGUCUGCUAAAUGGAUAACGGUGAUUGGAGAUCCUAGUGACACAUUAGACCUUACUAAUGUGUUGACGUCUAUAUCAGAAAAAGCUGCCGAUUGUCAGGAUGAAACCCCUGAAAAUUGUGAACUAAUCGACGCUGAUGAAGGCAAGCACAAUGGCUGUUCUAGUCUAGGUGAGCAAGCCAACGUUGAUAAAGACAUCCACAUUGGCUGUACUAGUCUGGGAGAAAAAGUUGCAGGUAUGAGCGAAGCAAUUGAUCAAACUGCACCCUUGCCUACAAAUACGACUAAUAGAAUUGAUAAAAUUGAAACCGAAAUCAAGUAUUUUGAGUCUAAAUUUAUGGAUAAAAUUCUAACAGUUGUUAACGAUAUGAAUAUUUUAAAGAACUACUGCCUAAAUAAUCGGCUUGAAUGCAUAAAUGGAUUACGGCAAGAAAAUACAAAACUUAAGGAAGAAAACAAUGCUUUGAAAGAUAGUCUUCAUAUAACUAAAUACGCUUUAUCUGAUUUGAAUUAUAAAGUAAAGGAUCUUGAGAACCAAAAAGAUAGCCUUACAACUACUCUAAAAAUUUUAUAUCAAGAUUCUCAUCAGCACUAUGAGUAUUGCUCUAAACAAAAGGAUGCAAAUGUCGACCCAUACAACAAUUGCUUGAAUAAAACUAAAUCCGUAAUGACUCAGAUAGACAGUGAUAUAAACCAUUCUCAAAGUGGACUGAGCGACGAACCGAUUAUUGUGCUUGAUAACGAAGGAGCGGGUGUUACGGACGCUACUAUAAUUAAUCUAAUUAUUUCGCGCCGUUUGUUGACAUUAGCAUAA